AUGAAUCGAGAGCCUGAAAUGCUUCCUGUGAUUAGAAUAGCGGCACCUUUGAAGGCCACGGCUUCAAUGAUUAUCAUUCAUGGACUUGGAGAUUCUGGAGCUGGAUGGACUUUUAUGGCAGACGAAUUUCAUAAACAUGAAGAGUUCAAACACAUAAACUUCAUAUUUCCGAAUGCUCCAACUGGACCUUUAUAUGUGAAUGGUAACCAGCCAAUUGCACGCUGGUUCAAUAUCUUUGAGUUCGGCAACCCUUAUGCUCAACAGGAUGAAGAAGGAUAUUGGAGUUCGUGCAAAAAAAUGGAGAACCUCAUAAACCAAGAGGUGAAGAAUGGUAUUCCUUCGGAAAGGGUGAUAGUGGGUGGUUUUUCACAAGGAGCAGUUCUCAGUCUUGGGUUGGCAAUUAGCUACAAUAAGAAGUUAGCUGGUAUAUUGAACAUGUCAGGUAUAUUUGCCAUGAAGAAAGGUAUUCCUUCACGUAUAAAGACGGUCAACUUCGAUACGCCAAUAUUCCAUGGCCACGGAGAUAUAGACCCUGUUUUCAACAUUGUGUUCGCUAGACAAACCGCUGAAUAUUUCAAAGCUCUUGGGUUUAAGGAUUACCAACUUCACGAAUACAUUGGAAUGGUCCAUCAGACUUGUCCAGAUGAGAUGAACGAUAUAGAGAAUUUUGUUCGCAAGGCUCUUCCACCACAGUGA